UUUCAGUUUCAUUGUCUCGAAGAUUUUGGUCGAAGAACGAGGUCGUUUCGAUCUUCUCUCUUGUCGCUAUGGCAGUUGCUACCGAUGAUACCAUGAGAAUAUGCAGCCACUGAGGGGAAUGUUGGCACAUGCUGAGUGAUAAGAACCAGAGAUCACAGAGGAUCCCCAAACCAAACCCAUGAUACAUGGGAUAACCGCAGAUCAAGGACCGGCACUUUUGCACCUUUUGCACGUGUUUCACUUCAACACAUUUUGCACAUGCCAUCACGAACUCCAACAGAAGCGGUCGCCCAGAAUCUCAGCCAAGCUGCUCUCCACUUUCAUAUUCUAUGACAGAGCUAUCCCUUCUUCAAAUAUUGAUUUGCAUUAUGCACAUUGCUCGCGUAAUCUAGAAAAAUGUAAAAUAUGUGGGGAAAUGGUUCCCAAAAGACAUGCUGAGGAACAUUUCCUAAACAUCCAUGCUCCGGUAUCUUGUUCACUGUGUAGUGAGACCAUGGAACGGGAAGUUUUAGCAAUCCAUAGAGGUGAAAAUUGCCCCCAAAGGAUUGUGACAUGUGAGUUCUGUGAAUUCCCAUUGCCUGCUAUUGAUCUGGCUGAGCAUCAGGAAGUCUGUGGGAACAGGACAGAACUUUGUCAUCUGUGUAAUAGAUAUAUAAGACUGCGAGAAAGAUAUAACCAUGAAAAUAGGUGCACUGGUAUUCCAGAGAACAGUGGGGAUUCUUCCAGGGAUGUCGGAGUCGUUGGAACAGAACACCAUACUCAGAGAAGACUGCCACAUGAUGCUCAGAGAAGACAGCCUCGCAAUUUUUCACAGAGACGGCUUCUGUUUACCAUUGCGAUAACAGGCAUCGCGGUUCUAUUAGGAUCACUUCUUUUUCAAAGGAAGACAGAGAGUAGCCAAGUGCAUUCGUAGGGUACAGGACGCACAUUUGGCAUGUGUAAAUCAGCAUUAGAACUAUAUAUUCCUUUUAUCUAUAUUGAAAUUUAUAAGAUCAUUGUGCUGAUAAUGUUACUGUACGGAGCUCAUUGGAUUGUGGUAAUACCUAGACAGGCUGUGCAAUUCCUAUCUUUUUUAAUACUUAAUUCUCACCUAUAAAUUUUUAAUUA